GAAGAAAGCAAAAAACUCUAACUUGGUCAUUGGUUUGUCAUUACUGGUUGCUUAUUGUCCGAAAUUCAUUAAAAUUGCGUGUAAGUUUUUGUAGAUUUUCCUCCUCGCUGGACCUUUAUUGUAGUUAUCAUUAGCUGAUUAUACGUUUAUGUUUACUCCUGGAAACUGUCAAAAUUAUAACAUACUUUGUGUUACCUGAAAAGAUACCAUGGCGUCGUAUUUUAUGAAAAAUACAUCCUCAUGAUGCAUUAUUUUCCAUUUACCACAUGAUGUCGCCGGAGACCAUGGAUACAGAUAUGUUACUUACGGUGUAAAACUCCUCCCUUCACGCGAAAUCUAAACCCUUCGUUGGCUGUUGCUUUAGACAAACACUGAGGUCAUGCUGUAGUGAGAAGGGCUCCUGUUAAAGAUGUACGGUCUCGUCUUACAGAGGAUCAUAACCAGAAAGUAAUUACUGGAAUAAUUCCGUUUUUUCAAGGAUGGGUGUUCGGCAAACAGAGGAAUAUGUCUGGCUUUAUUUUAUCGCACUGCUUACUCUUUGUGACUGGUCGACGUCGCAGUUAUUGUACUCCAUUUCCGAGGAGGUGAACAAAGGCACUGUGGUGGGGAAUAUCGCAAAGGAUUUGAAUCUAAAUGUCCAAGAGCUGGAGACAAGGGAUCUCCGUAUUGUUUCGAGUUACAGUAAGGAAUAUUUUGGCGUGAAUGUUCAGACUGGGAUUCUGUUUGUCAACGAGAGAAUAGAUAGAGAGGAGGUUUGUCCGAACACAAUACAAUGCUCCCUUAGAAUACAAGCUGUUCUGAGCAAUCCAAUGCACGUACAUCGCAUUGAGGUUAGUGUUUUAGAUGUUAAUGAUAACGCCCCAGAAUUCCUGGAAAAAAUAUAUUCGUUAAAUAUCUCUGAAUCCCAAUCACUGGGGGAGCAAUAUCUUCUCCCAAUAGCGGAGGAUCGAGAUAUAGGAAGUAACGCAGUAAAAACAUACAAGCUCAGUCAAAAUGAACAUUUUUCGCUCGAUAUUCAGAGCGGUGGAGAAGACGGUGUGUCUGUUGAAUUAGUGCUGCAAAAGACUUUAGAUCGAGAGAAACAGUCUUCUUAUAAACUACUUUUAACCGCUAUAGAUGGAGGUAAACCUCCCAGAUCUGGAACACUGCAGUUGACUGUUAAUAUUGUAGACGUAAAUGACAAUACACCGACAUUUAGUAAAUCUCUUUAUAAGACAAGUGUAAAAGAAAAUUCUUCUCCCGGAACUUUGCUAAUAAAGUUAAACGCCACAGAUUUAGAUGAAGGUUUGAACAGUAAGAUUGUGUAUUCCUUAAUUAAACGACGCAACAGUGAUCCAUCAAGUAUUUUUAAUAUAAAUUCAGAAACUGGGGAAAUAACAGUUAAAGGAACAUUAGAUUAUGAAGACACACCUGCUUAUGAAGUUAGAGUUCAAGCAAUGGAUCAAGGCCCUGUUCCUCGUAGCACACACACUAAAUUGCUGAUAGAGGUAAUAGAUAUUAAUGAUAAUGCCCCAGAAAUAUCUGUGACUUCACUUAUGACUCCUGUAAAAGAGGAUGCAGAAUUGGGGACGAUCGUUGCUUUGAUAACAGUGAGUGAUAAAGAUGGAGGAAAUAAUGGUUUAACUAACUGUAAGGUAGUGGGGUCUCUUCCGUUUAAACUUAAGUCCAACUAUAAAAACGACUAUUCAUUAGUAGUAGAUGGACCACUGGAUAGAGAACACACCCCGUUUUAUAACGUGACCAUAAUAGCCACUGAUGAAGGGAGUCCGCCUCUAUCUAGUAUCAGGAUCAUUACUGUUCAUGUUUCUGACGUUAAUGACAACGCACCUCUAUUCACAGAGCCUGUAAUUAAUGUUUAUGUGAAAGAAAAUAGUCCAACAGGUUCCAGUCUUCACAGGAUGAAUGCAUUUGAUUCCGAUUUGGAUAGCAAUGCAAGACUGACUUACACACUGUUAGACAAUUAUCAAAGGAAUAUUCCUGUUUCGUCACUUCUAAACAUUAACUCAGAGACAGGAGAUAUAGUCAGUUUACAGUCUUUUAACUAUGAGGAGACAAAAACGUUUCAGUUUAAGGUUCAGGCCACAGACUCUGGUGUUCCUCCGCUCAGUAGUAACGUGACUGUCAACGUUUUUAUCCUGGAUGAGAAUGACAACAGUCCCACAAUCCUGGCUCCUUAUUCUGAACACGGGUCCGUUAACAGUGAGAACAUUCCCUAUUCUGCUGAAGCGGGAUACUUUGUGGCAAAGAUCAGGGCCGUAGACGCAGACUCUGGAUACAAUGCACUGCUUUCUUAUCACCUCUCUGAACCCAAAGGAAACAGCCUGUUCCGGAUCGGAACCAGCACCGGUGAAAUCAGGACUAAGAGGAGGAUGAGUGACAAUGAUCUGAAAACUCACCCCUUGGUGGUGUUGGUUUCGGAUAACGGAGAACCCUCCCUGUCAGCUACUGUGUCUAUUGAUGUAGUGGUGGUUGAAAACACAGCAGACAUCCAGACUCAGUUCAGACAUGUACCCAUAAAGGAGGAGAGCUUCUCCGAUUUAAACCUGUAUCUGCUGAUCGCCAUUGUUUCAGUGUCCGUGAUCUUUCUGCUGAGCCUCAUCACUUUGAUAGCGGUCAAAUGUCACAGGACAGACGGCAGUUUCAGCAGGUACAGCGCCCCCAUGAUCACCACCCACCCUGACGGGAGCUGGUCUUACUCGAAAUCUACUCAGCAGUAUGACGUGUGUUUCAGCUCAGACACACUGAAGAGUGACGUAGUGGUUUUCCCCGCCCCGUUUCCACCUGUAGAUGCUGAACUGAUCAGUAUCAACGGAGGAGACACUUUUACAAGAACUCAGACUUUACCAAACAAAGAGAAGGUAUGUGUACUUUGAUGUUAU